AGUGAAGACGCUUUUAUAAAUCAGAGCAAGAAUAAAAUAAUCAGCUCAAAUUCAUAAAAUACAUCCGAGAGAUACAUUACACUAGGAGUUAAAAAAAAAAAAAAGAGGAAAAGCUGCAAGUUUGAAUACAGGAUGUAGGCAGACAAAAGGCUGGAACUGCAGUCAGUGCGACUUCACGGUACUGAUACACUCGGCACUGGGAGUGUUGAGGGUUUAAAUCAAGCAUUAAGGGUUUAAUCAAGGUGUAAAGAGAAAGGUUGAGCGCGCGGGACGAAAGUCACACCGAGCUGAAGUGGAAAUCGAAAGCGACUGAGAGAAGGUUUUAUUUCCUCAUUGCGCGGGGCCUCGGCGCCACCAUUUACCCCGAGCGCGGCGUUACACACACACACACACACACACACACCGAGCGCAGAGACGAGACCUGCACAGCAACACGGACACGACGCGUUUCAUCGUCCUCACCAUCGUUCCGCAGCUCCGGAGGUAAAGCGAGGUCUGAUUAUAAGGGAUCAAUAACAUAGAAGAGAUGGAUAAAGACUCUGCAGGAUCUAACCCGAGCUUAGGAGCCACGGGAGCUGGAGGGGGUGGAGCUUUUGGCAGUUUAUUCAGAUCUACAGGUCCGACUUAUUCAAAUUCCGAGCUCGCCGGUGUGCCUCUGUCUGGAAUGAGCCCUCUCUCACCUUAUCUCAAUGUUGACCCCAAGUAUCUAAUUCAGGAUGCAGAUGAGUUUAUUUUGCCCACUGGUGCCAACAAGACAAGAGGACGCUUGGAGUUGGCUUUCUUCACCAUUGGCUCAUCCUGUUUAUCAGGUGCACUGUUUGGAGCCAUCACCGGAUUACGAAUGGGGCUGUCUGAAACGAGGAACAUGGCCUGGUCUAAACCUCGUAACGUACAAAUACUAAACCUGGUGACCCGUCAGGGAGCUACUUGGGCAAACACUCUGGGCUCACUAGCUCUAUUAUACAGUGUGUUCGGUGUGAUCAUCGAAAAAACCCGAGGAGCAGAGGAUGAUCUAAACACCGUGGCUGCUGGCACAAUGACUGGCGUCCUCUACAAAUCCCCAGGUGGUCUGCGUGGAGCAGUUCGAGGAGGUGUGGUUGGUUUUGCAUUAUCGGGACUGUAUGCCUUGUACAAUAACUGGGACCAUAUGAAAGGCAGCUCCCGCUACUGAACAAAAAAAAGGAUAAGAGUGGUUCUACCAUGUGGAACUGGUAAAUGUUGAAGUCUGGUCAGUCCAAUACUGAUAAAGAUUUCAUUAAGAAUUAAAUGUUCACUUAAUGCAAAUUAUUAAUAAAUCUUUACAAAAGGCAAGUGCUGCGCUUCUAUAAACAAUAAUCCAAUAACAGCUUUGUGUGUAAUUUCUGUUCUUGAAAAGUGUGUGCCUUUUUUCAUGUAAUACAAAUGAGUGCAAAUGUUUCUUCGAAAAUAAAGGAAGCUACAAAGAAUGGGAAUAUUGGGAUAUUUAGAUAUUGGUUUGUAUAUAAACUGAAACUUGAUGGUACUUUCCACUUUUUAAACAUUUCCACCAGAAACCAGGAAGAAUACAAUUGUGUUUUGUGGUUCAUUAGUAUAUCUGCAUGCACUUCAUCUUUAAGACUUGUUAUAAUUUAAUAUAAUAAUUUUAAUAGUUUAUUUUUGUAAUAGCAGAGUUGUUCAGUUCCUUCCUUUGUGGGUUUCAGAGGCUUUACACAUCCCCAUGGAUGCUCAUGGAUGCCUAUCUGUUUAGAAAAUAUUCUACCCAAGUAAAAUGUAGGAUCAUUGGGAUAAAGAUUAAGGAGAACAUGAUCAUAAUAUUUCUCACUACUGGUAAUUUGCUCUGGCAGUUAAAUUUCGCUGUGUGGAAAUGCAAUUUUGUGAAUGGACAAUAAAUGUGACCUUGUGCCUUGUUUUUAUCUUCUAAUUGCUUUCUGUAUCAGCACAACAGGUAAUGAGGAGGAAAUUGCCAUCAUGUUAUAAACUAAGAACAAUGCGUUGUAAGCAUAAAAUUGUAUGUCCUGAAAUAAACAAAAUAAAUGACUGACAUGCACCUA